CAGGUCUCGUGCCGAUUUCCUUCUGCUUGUUCGCGAUUCUUUCUUGCUUCUUCACUCUUGUCGCGCCUUCCUCUGUACAAACCGACGUCCCUCGUGACUCACGCGCCUCGCGACCCCGCCAUUCAUUCGACUCGAUUCGACUUGACCGCAGCUUUUUCGCACGCACCGAUCGAGACUCUGCGCUUCUCUGCAUUCGAUUUUCACCGCCAACAACCUAUCUUGUCCAUUUUAUCGAAUCCGAUUCGGCGUUUCAGUCUCUUAAACAGCUCAAGGCGAAGCCAAUAGCAAUUGGAUAAACUGCAGACCAGUUAUCCGGCGCGGUACUCCAACUUUACGACCGAUCAACGAAGAGAUCGCGCUACGCGGUGGACGGUUUCUGCAGCACUAAAAUCUCUAUAACACCAUGUCGCCAAUGGAUAUCGACAUGAGCCGACGGAACAAGAGCCCCCGGCCCUUGACGGAUUCGGAGCGGGCUCGACUAGAAGAGUUUAUUGAUGCCAUUCGCUACUCAGAGAGAUAUCACGAUGACGAAUACGAGUAUCGCCAUGUCCAGCUACCGAAGUUGAUGCUCAAAGCAAUUCCCAAAGAAUACCACGAUUCUGCCAAGGGCACGUUAAAGCUUCUUUGGGAAGAAGAAUGGAGGGCUAUGGGAAUGACACAGAGUCUCGGCUGGGAGCACUACGAAGUCCAUGAGCCGGAGCCGCAUAUCCUUCUUUUCAAGCGCCCUCUCGACUAUCAACCUCCGCAGUGAGCCCAUGCGCGAACAGGCCGUUGCUCAAAUUGUAUACGAUAACCUCGAAUUUUUCGCGUCGACUCAUGAUGCAUGAAGAGUCCCUUUGUUUUAAUGUCCCAUUACGAUUUUUACGGUCUGCAUACUACAAUAAUGUUGGGUUAAUAAGCUAUGAGAUGGGUGAGCGCUGUUUCAUAACACUACCAACACUCACUCACACUCGCGUCAAUGUCUGCUGUGGCAAUCGGGAGCUGCACACUGGCUUUGGUUCCGAGUCUGGGCAGUGAACGGCACGUAGGUGCCUGUACCGAAAGUGCAGACGAAUGGCACUCAUCUACAAAAGUUUACAUGUCGUCCCAGACAGAUGCCUGCAGAUUGAAUGCAAGCCGGCCAAAUGAGUUGACGCUUAGGAAGAUGAUUAGUGCUGCAGGAAGGGCGCAUUAGGCGAUUGGUUAGCCUUGUGUAGAGGUAGCUGAAGAAAUUGAAGAAUGGUCUAAGGAAUAUAUACAUACAUACAUACUUAUAUGGAGAUAUUCUAGCAGUCAAACCACGGCCUAGUCAUAAGAGGCUUCUUGUUAAAGGGCUGGCUGCUUUGAGACGCAGUUUCUGAGCAUUGGGGUGGGAAAGCUUGUUCAGUGUCGCUGUACUAUUAAAUGCACAAUUCUCGCUUCAGUGGAGCAAUUC